AUGGCAACGCCUGCAGCUCGAAUGUAUAGAGGCGGUAAACUACAGCGUCUCAAUAAUGAUAACUUCUGCAAACCAUAUCGAUGUCGCUUGCCGUGUCUGAAAAUAGUUAUUGAUCCUAAGUCAAGAUUACGCCGCUGUUAUGUCGGUCAAUCGCAGGAAUUAAUUACUCUUUCACACGAAGAAAAGGUUGUCUUACUUGUUGGUGAAACGGGUACCGGAAAAACAACCUUAAUUAACAGUUUAGUCAAUUAUUAUUACGGAGUUGCAUGGGCUGAUGAAUUUCGAUUGAUUUUAAUUGCUAAGGAAGACGAGGCAGAUGAGAGUAUAGUUCGAAGUCAAAGUGAAAGUCAAACUCAUUGGAUUACUGCUUAUACAUUACAUUGGCAACCUAACUGCCCUGUUGAUUAUACUCUUACACUGAUUGAUACUCCUGGAUAUAAUGAUCCACAAGGUGUGCAAACUGAUAAUCUGACAACUGAAAAUUUGGGUAAAUUUUUCAAUUUAAAUUGCAUAGAAUAUGGAAUCGAUCGUAUUGACGGGAUCGCCUUUGUAGUGCUCAACUCACAAACUCGCCUUACAACAACGCAAAGGUACGUUUUUCAUGCUGUGCUGUCAAUUUUUGGUAAGGAUAUCAAGGAGAAUAUUUUUCUAAUGGCAACACACGCCGAUACUGACAAACCUGGGAUUUUGGAAGCAGCAAAAGCAGCUGGAAUACCCCAUCAAGAAUGCUUCCUCUUCAAUAAUAGCAAUGUGUGCUGUAGAAACGAAAAAAAGAAAAGUCAAGGAAAAAAUGAAGACGAUGACGAUGACGAUGAAGUUACUAAUGGUCAGCCGCAAAGUUUGACACUAACCAAAGAAGUUCUUCAUAAACGACAGUAUCUUUAUCAGAUGCUAGAAAGUCGAAGAGAAAAUAUCAGUUCUGCAUUGGAUCAUUUGGUUAACCUUGAUAAAGAAAAUAAAUUCUUAACGAUUCAUGGUUCUACUUCGAAUCCGGAUAAAAUCGUGGCAGAAGACUAUAUUAAAUUCUGUAAAUAUCAGCAUAUAACAUUGUCAAAUUCCGAGAGAGCAACGAACUGCAAAACCUGCCACCGUACAUGUCAUUAUCCAUGCGAUCGAAAGACUGAAGAUCUAUGGAACUGCCACGCUAUGGACUAUCAUUACUACGAAACUUUGUUCGUUUACCUGAACAUUUCAUCCCCUAGAAACACUCAAUGCAAUAUAUGUCCGCAAAAAUGUGCAGCAUCAUCUCAUACUAGCGAGACUUUCCGAUAUAAGUUGGCAAUUGAGAAGCGAUCCUUGGAUUUAAAGAGCAUUCAAGAAUACCAUGAGUUAGAAGGUGCAACUCUCUCGCCAGAGAAGCUUAGUUUAUGCGUUGAAAAAGAAUUCAAUCAAGCGCGUGUGAAAUUAUAUUGCCAACUAAAAGAAGCCAACUCCAUAAUUUUGCGUCUCGAUGAAAUUGCACUGAGACCGCAAUCGCUGGAAACACAGGAGUGUACGUUUCUGCAAAACAUGAUUGACGAAGAGGCAGAAACUGGUAGCAAUGGUUGGGCGAAUCGUGUUGAACACCUGAAGUAUCUUAUGCAGCAUCACAAAUUUUUACAAGAAAUUAAAAAAAGAUUCGCCAGCUAA